AUGGAAGAGUUGCUAAUGUCGAUAGUGAAGGAAGCGAUAGGAAGCAAGCUGCAAAAUCUGAAACAAGCUGCACAAAUCGCACACGAGAAACUAUCCCGCCAGCAUGGUAUGCACCGGGACCCAUCCUAUGAGUUGCGCUCCGUUUGCUUCACGGCACUGCAAAUGGCGUUGGAGACAAAACGACCCAAAUUUAUUACCUACGGACUGAACGGGUUGCAUCGCAUUAUCCGGGAGGAGCGGUUUUUUAUUGGAUUGGAACCGGAAGAUGACUCACUGUGGCUGCCGGCCCAGCUGCUGCGUGCUACAUCCAGUCUGUCCACGAUCGCGAACGAGGAUACGGUGGUGAACGUACUGCGACUAAUCCUGGCGAUGGCCUGCUCGCAGACCUGCACGCUCAACGGUCGGCUGCUGAUCGAAAUGUUGUCCAAGUGUGGCGAAUGUUGGGAAAAUGGUUCACGUGCGGUUAAGGCAGCCUCGUUGGCCGCCGGCAGCCAAUGUUUGCGCACGUUCUGCGCCUUCUUGAAGGACGAGGCGGAAGAGAUCGUACGCCUAGAUCCGACCGGCAUCAUCAGCCUUGGCAUGGCGGCGGCUGUGUACAACGAGGUGAUACCGGUAAUGCAGUGGCUGUGCAGCAGACUGGUGGAACCGGCCAACGGUAACACCAAGGCGAACGAAAGUGCACCGAACAGCUCGCUGUACCUCAUGGAGUGCAUCCUAACGCUGGUGGUAUCGUUGCCGUCAGAUGUGCACGCAAAUCCACACUUUACUGCAUUUCUGUGGCAAAAAUUCUGCCCCACCUUGGCCGCAACCAUGGGUUCGCCUGGGCGUGUGAACAAGGACAAGAAAUUCACUUAUCGGGAUGCGAUUCAUCUGAUUGAAAGCGAGAAUCGAGGAUUCUUUACAAGGCCAGGCUUGGAUGGUCCGCAGGCUCGCUGUAUCUAUUUGACCAGCAUUCAGUUACUGCGGAUAGCAGGUGCACAGGGUAGCUUAAGGCCAAUGCUCGAGGCAUUGUUCCAUCGAAUGCUCUUGCUGCCAGUGCCGAGUAACAGGGCGGAACCAUUGCGCUAUGCGCGAGAAAUCUUUAAAUCACCCGAACGGCUUAUUGAUCUCGCCAUUAUUCUCUACCCGGACAAGACCCAGAGCAGCAGCGACGAUAUGGCACUAUUCCGACUGUUAAUUGACGCAAUGGAGGAGUGUGCGGCAGCAUGGCAUCAUGGUAGUGCCUCGGUGUACGGUGCACUCAGCUCAAGUGUGGAGUGUGUGGUAGCCCUGCUGGAAAGUCUGCAGAUUCUUUCAUCUGGCAAUUUUGAUGAAACGCUAAUCGGCGAUCGAAUUGCAGAAACAGUGAACGAACGUUAUAUCUCACUGUCAGAUGCGGACUACACCGGUCCACUCACGUACCAAUCGAUGACCCGUUUACCACCACCGUAUCGGGACGCGGUGGCCGAACUGCGACAGAGUGGCUUUGAAUCAUCGUCCGAGUCGGAUGCGGAUGGUCCACUAGAGCAGGGCACAAUUGAUCCGGAGCUGGGUUCGGUUGGCUCUGGUGAUACCGAGGGCCCAGAGGACGAGACACAUUCGUCCGGUGAUGAUGUGUCGUCUAAAACAAGCCAAGGCAACUGGCUGUGGGCGCACAUAGACGACUCAGGCUCGAGUGGCCGCUCUGAUGGUGAUUGUGAUAGGCAACACGCGAGAGAUUUUGCUGGCAUUCUGGCAGGUGAGCUUGUAUCAUCUUUACUGCGGCUCAAGACUUCGAUCGAGAUUGAUGAAGCAGUUCAGGAGUUUGCGUCGCGUGUUUGCCAACGUAAUAGUGCUACGCGCGGUGACGGCGAUUACGGUGCGCUCACAGCGCUCAACGCCGACGGCAUCUAUCUGGCCACCUAUUCGGCACUGCUGCUGGCCCUGCAGCUUGUCAGCGGUGGCCAUUAUGCCGAUGAUGGUGGUGGUGGAUGCAGUGACGGCCCAAAGCCGGCAGCGAUUCCACUCACCGAGCAGCAGUUUGUAACGUCGGUGCAGAAUUCUGGUAUACUCGUAUACCUGUCAGCUGCCUGGCUUCGCGAGCUUUACCAGUGCAUCCUGGCAGCGAAUCCGCUGCAAGCGUUAAGCAUCACGCUACGUGCCGGUGAUCAGACGGGCACGCAUUGCGCGUUGCUCGACAUGCUGCAUGAUGCAGGCGGUACCGGCCCCACACAGAUGCUAUCUGACUGGCAGCGGCUACAAUCGGUCGUACGGAUACACAGCGAACAGACGCCCAAACAACGAGCAGCCCGCAAGAUCGCUCGUCGUCUACUAACCUGCUGCUGGGAUUCGAUGGUGGCGGUGUUGACGGCGGGAUUAGGCGAGGUAGACGGCUCACCCACGACUCGUCUAGUGAAGCUGUCUAAGAAGACGCUUCGUGUACGCAAGGAAACGCGUGGUUCGGGAGAAACAUUAUACGCGCUGAGCCUGGAUGGACUCCACGCGGCAGCAACCCUUAGCAAUGCGCUCAGCCUGCAGCACUUGGCGGGGAAAAUUAUCAAUCUUAUCGCCUCGAACGUAUGCCAGAACGCGGGCCCCAAAAUUCCGGCCAGCCACGCGCUGUCUAUGGAUGUAGUGUUGUCGGGAGGGCUCGAGUUGGGUUCGCAUAGUGCCGACUGCUGGUUGCCAGUGUUCUCAGUGUGCCGACACGUUACCCAGCUCGAGCAUGAUCUGUUCAGUUCGCAAAACAAUAACACUAACGUUGGCAACGCUUCGGGCGUCGGGCAAUGUAAAGACGCGUCGGAUCAGCAGUACGGCAAGAGCGAAGCACAGUCAGACCGGCAGCACCUUUCAUUGUACUCUGUUGACGAGGAUGAAACAUGCGUCGACGUCUACAGCUUUCUGCAGGCACCGAACACAAAUGCCAACAUUAACGUUAUCACCAUAUUGAAGGCGUACUCAGGAAACGAUGCGGUAAACCUGACGCAGCCAGACACCGCCAAAAUGCUGUGCGCACUGUCACACCAAGCGGACGUAUUGUUUUCGGAGGCCGCAGAACGCCUCAGCUUGCCCGCCCUACAACAGUUCCUUAGGAGUUUAUGCAAAGCAUCAAGGGAGCAGCUCUAUCGCAGUACGUCGCUCAAGAAAGGUAAAAAGUCCUGGUGGCUCGGACGACCGUGGAAAAUAAAGAAUGACUCGUUGCCACUGUCGUUAUUGUUGCAUCGAGUCGGAGAUGUAACGUUAAAGGUAUUCCGAGGUCCACGUCCACUGUUGCAUGUGCUCAAGGUUUGGGCAAUUACUGGGCCACACCUGAUGGAUGCCGCCUGUCACAAGGAUCGUAGUAUCUCGAAGCGUGCAAUUGAGUACAUUCACGAUAUAAUAACAGCGCUGCUGGUUGAGCAGACAGAGUUGCCACACUUUCAUUUCAACGAGGCGUUGCUUAAACCGUUUGAAAAUUUGCUUAGUAUGGACUCCUGCGACAUUGAUGUUCAGGAUCAAAUCGUAGCCUGUCUGUAUGAGAUUGUGGAAGCACACCGCACUGAGAUACGGUCCGGGUGGAGGCCUCUUUUCGGUACGCUGCGUACCGCCCGUAACCGGCCGGUCCAUUUAUCCAAUAUCAUCGACAUCUUUCGCGUGUUUCUCGAAACGGACAACAUGCUGGUAUUUGCCAAUGCGGGACUCGACUGCAUCCUCUGUCUGCUGUCGUAUCUGGAGAUCUCUGGCAGUGGACCAUCGGCAGCCGACCACGGCCAAUAUCCGACAACGGGUUCGGAAGACAUAUCGCUAACGAUGCGCUCCGGCGACUUUCUGUACGAUGCACUCAAGUUUCUUGAGCGCUGUGCGACCAUAUUAGACUUUAUGUACAACAUGCCACAGUGUCCCAAUUUGCACUCCACCUACAAAAUCAAAGGCAUCACCUAUACGCACAUCAUUGACGCGAACAUACCAAACUCGAUGGAAAAUUUUACGUUCUUUGGGCAGGACUAUCUGCAAAACACGAACGAACAGUGUAUGAUCAGUUACCGCUCGCUGCACAUCGACAAGGAGUCGAUUAGGAAAAUAGACGACCUUGACCGACCGAGCGGUGUGCUGAAGGUGUGGUUUCUCCUCUUGGAUGGUCUCACAAACUCACUGAUCGUGUGCCCAAUCGCACACCAAUCGCCAAUACUGCAGUCGAUAUUUAAACUGUUCAAGGCACUCAUGAUCAGCCCGGGCGUGGAGUUCGGUUUCUACUGCAUCAAUCACCUGCUGAUACCGAUGAUUCAGGACUGGUUGCGGUACGUGAAUAAGGCGCAGAAAAACUGGAUACUGAUAGAUAAAAAUUUUAAGCAUUGCUGCUGCAUGACUACUGAUCUGGUGGUAGACUUUCUCGCGAAAUCACAAUCGCUCGAAACGUUGGGUGAUCGAGUUGUGAUUGGUAGCGAGACAUUGCUCGGUCACAACACGCUUACUACAUCGCCACCAUCUACUGCCACCAGGUCGAACUUACGCGGAUCGACAGAUGGCAAGUACCAGCGUCAAAGCAAAUCCCACGACGAUGAGCAAACAGCUGGCAAGGCGUUCUCGUCGUUUCGGCUUCCCAGCUCAGCCAUAUUAGCGCUCAAGCAGCUAUUGCUGGUGCUAAUCGAAUGUUCCGCCCAGUCACAAGAAACAAUCGCAAGGGUCGGUGUGUCAUGCAUGAAACACAUCAUAUUCUCCGCUGGCUAUAUGUUUGAUGAAGACCAGUGGGUAAUUAUCGCAUCCGCCAUCCAUCGGGCAAGCACAGUUUCGAUGGCGCCACUGAAACAGCUAAUAUUUGCGUUCAAUCGCAACUCGAACAGUUUCUAUGGAGAUUGCGCAAACGUGAAGGUAGCUGCCCGACGGGACAGUACACCUGAGGAACUGCAGAGGAUUCAUUCCUUGGCGCAGCAGGUGUUCCUGAUGGACACUCAGCGAGAUGCGCUUAGUGGGCGUAACCUUGCAGGACCACAAGAAGACAGAUCUUACUCGUUUUUGCUGUACCCCUUGCAGUUAGACUGCUACAUAAUUCGCAUUCCAUAUCGCAAUUUGAUUGUUGGUAUGCUUGCCAGCCAGAUGUUGUUGCAGUUGAUUGCAAAUAUUUUAUUGAGCGGUCUGUCCAAUGUGCCGAGCGAGCUCAACACCUGUUUCUAUACCAGCGGAGCAGAGACUUCCUCCGGCGGUUCAGGCGCGACUCCACAAAACAGUUCCAAUGGGUCGAAAACACUAUUCUACCUCGGACAGAAUAGCAGAGAGAUAUUGUUGCGUGCUUUGCGGCAGUUUCUGAUUGCCGCAGUCGAGUUUGAUACGCGGCCCGGGUUGAAGUUCCUGAUACAGAAAGUGUCUGGUAUAGAUUAUGCCGCCAAUCUGUACAAACAGAUGAACUCAUCAUGGAUAAUUCACUACAUGGCACUGGUGGACAUGUAUCUGAACAACGUGCGCAUACAUAACCUCACUGCCGAGGACGUUCGAUAUCUGCUCAGUUCGUGUUGCGACCAGUACUCGUCCGGAUUAUAUCCGAAGGGCGACGAGAAAUGCAUCCACUAUCUAUUUGCAUUGCGAGAUUUAUGGGAGAUGAUCGCAGACCACUUCAUACAACACCUUGAAAGUGAUCGCGAACGCAACCUUACUCGCAAGCCGCUUAAAUAUUCGGAAGUUUCUGAAGAAUUGGACAAUCAAUUCGGCGAGAAUCGCGAUUGCACUGAACCAGGCAUCGUAUACUAUGCGGACCAAACAAGCGAAGACAGCGGACUCCAGCCAUCGGGAUUGAAACAAGCUAACGAAGCUGGCAGAAAGGCUGGUUACGAAGGAGAAAUUGUGGGCAUUCCCACUAGAAGAGACACGAAAAUUUUAUCACACCCGCACCAUCCCUGCUACUUGCCGAACACUAACGGACAGCCAACGCAAGAACAGGCAAAGGAGUUUGAGCCACUGAAUCAACAACAACCGGACCAAACUGAACAGCCGCAUGCGUUGAAAAAUGCGACGAAAUGCGAAAAUCAACCAGCAACGACCGCAACGGAUAGUGAGCGACAGAAACAAUCAAUACCGCCGGAAAUUGAACAACAGCGUGCACUCAGUAUCCAAAAAGACGUAUCGCAUAAAACAUCUGCCUUAAGACAGCUUAUCGUUGCUUCUAUUGAGUUGAUAAAGCUUUUGCCGAACGAGCAGUCGGAGUUUCUACAGCUGCUGCUUACACCCCGCAUUCGUGAAGCGUUUCACUUUGUCGAGGAAAAGAAUCCAUUCCUAUCGCUGGACGCACAUAACUAAAUGACCUUCUUCAUCGCCGAGGCAGCAGGGGCCAGAUUGAAUUAGGCUGGCUGUAGCGUAUAACAUAUUCUAGAGCGAUGGGGCAAUUUAUGACGCGUAUUUUAGGUGCUUCAACAGAUAACAUUGGAAUUGCUACAUUUUGUGUAAAUACUGCUCAUAUUAUUGUACCGAUUUACCAUUCAUGUUGUUUGCCGUCACUCGUGAAAUAUAUUUCUCGAUUAU